AUGAUUGGAACACGUCAUCAUCCAUUUGUUGUUUCUAUUACACGAGAUGCUAAAGGAACAUUUCAAUUUACAUCAACACCAGAAGACGUUCUCUUCGGUAUUGAUAGUGAUUCACCGACACGUCCGUUUGGUGAUAGCAAAAGUGAAUGGUCGUUCAGUGCCAGUGGUAAUUCAUUUGCUUUCACUCGACAACAUGAUGAAACAAGUGCAGUAGCUUGGUCAACUAAUCUAGAUAUUUACACUGUUGAUUUGACCAUAUCCAACAUACAACCUGUAUGUAUCACAUGUGAGAAUUUAGCUGCGGAUACAGAUCCAACAUAUUCACCCAUUGAUGAAAAUGUGCUGGUCUAUCGAUCACAAUCAAUUCCUGGCUACGAAUCGGAUCAAUUCAAAGUAAAGUUAUUCAAUGGUUCAAAUGUCAGAACUUUGCUCGAUAAUUGGGAUCGAAGUAUUCAGGCUAUAACCUGGUCAAACAAUGGUCAAUCACUGUUUCUGGAAUUGGGCGAAUACGCAGAUCAUGUAAUUUAUAAACUAAGUAAUGUACAAUCUCCUGAUGCAGAAGCUUCCAUCGUGCUGGUCUCUGGAUCAUCACAUGAUAUCAAUCCUCAUCCGAAAGACGAGGAAACAUUUCUAUACACUGGUCAAACUCUUACUGAACCGAUCAAUAUCUGGUUACACCGAUUAUCCACAGUUGAUCAACCAAUCACUACACAUAAUAAAAACCUAUUGGAUAAGAUGCAAAGAAGCGAUGCAGAGAAAUUUAUGUUUGUCGGCGCCAAGAAUGAGAAAGUGUGGGGUUGGCAUCUACCACCGACAAAUGGCACUGAUCAAAAAGCACCUCUGGCAUUUCUUAUUCACGGUGGUCCACAGAAUAGUUGGUACAAUACAUGGGGAUUUGGAUGGAGUUUUCAGGUGUUCGCUGCACAAGGUUACGCAGUUAUUGCCAUCAAUUUUCAUGGAUCGGAUUCGUAUGGGCAAAACUUUACUGAUAGUAUCACCGGUCAAUAUGGUACAUUACCCUAUGAGGAUCUUCAGUUGGGCCUCACCGCUGCUCUAGAACAAUACAGCUAUAUUGAUGCUAAUGGAGCAGUGGCAUUGGGUGCUAGUUAUGGCGGUUUUAUGAUCAAUUGGAUUGCUGGACAUCCAGAAAUGAGUCAGCGUUUUAGAGCACUUGUGAAUCAUGAUGGUCUCUUUGAUAUGAGAGGAAUGGCUUAUUCAACGGACGAAUUGUGGUUCACUGAACAUGAUGCAGGUGGUUUCACUCCAUAUGACAAUCCUGAGGCCUUUGAAAAAUUCAAUCCAGUCAAUCAUGUUGCGAAUUGGACUCAACCAAUGCUAAUUAUUCAAGGUGGUCGUGAUUAUCGAGUACCAGAUACACAAAGUAUAGGCGCAUUUACAGCUUUGCAACGACGUGGUAUUCCAAGUCGAUUGCUCUAUAUGCCAAAUGAAAACCAUUGGACACUGAAUCCUCUGAAUUCAAUUGUUUGGUAUGAAAAAGUGCUAGACUGGAUGCGUCAAUGGACAAAAUAG